AUGGAUGAGGUUCAGGUGGCCCCCGCCCCUGUCUGCAACAUGUACACUGUCUCCAAGAGGAGGCGGUGUAGCUGCCUGGACCCGUUCCCUGAGGUUCAGGCAGCCCCUGACCCCCCAGAGGGAGGGAUUGGUAGCCUUCCUCCAGUCGCUGGGGUUGAAGCGGCCCCGGUCCCCCGUGGCCACUUUCCCCCCAGCGCUGGGGUUGAAGCGGCCCCCGUCCCCCGUGGCCGCUUUCCCCCCAGCGCUGGGAUUGAAGCGUUCCCCGUCCCCCGUGGCCGCUUUCCCCCCAGCGCUGGGGUUGAAGCGUUCCCCGUCCCCCGUGGCCGCUUUCCCCCCAGCGCUGGGGUUCAGGUGGCCCCAAGUGGGAGUCGGUAUGGCCGCCUGACCCCCAUCACUGGGGCUCAGGUGGCCCCUGCCCCUGUCCGCACCGUCUCCAAAGGGAGACGGAGUGAUGGGGUCCAGGCAGCCCCCGUCCCCCCGGAGGGAAGGAUUGGUCGCCUUCCUCCCAUUACUGGGGUUGAGGGGGCCCUCGUCCUCCGUGGCCUCCAUCCCCCCAUCCUCCGUGGCCGCUUUCCCCCCCAGCGCUGGGGUUCAGGUGGCCCCAACUGGGAGUCGGUGUGGUCACCUGACCCCAAUUACUGGGGUUCAGGUGGCCCCUGCCCCUGUCCGCACCGUCUCCAAGGGGAGACGGUGUGGCUGCCUGGGCCCCAUGACUGGGGUUAA